GUCACUUCCUGCUCGGCUGUGUACGUUUGCAUGGCUGUCAUGUGGGCUUUUCCGUUGAACUACCUGGUUGACAAAUAUUAAUCUAUGCGGGGCUAUAUAGAUUGUCACUGUCAUAUAUCUGCUGCAGAUUUUGACAGUGACAUUGUUGAAGUCAUUGAGGAGUCUAAAGGGGCUGGGCUUGUUGCCCUGCUUGCUGUAGCAGAGCAUGCCGGGGAAUUUGAGAAGAUCAUACAGCUCUCACAACGGUUCCACGGAUUUGUUAUACCAUGUCUUGGAGUUCAUCCUGUCCAGUGUCAGGAUCCAGCACAACCCAGAGGAGCUGUACUUCAGGAUUUAGAUGCUGCGUUACCCCUGAUUGAUAAAUACAAGGAACACAUUGUGGCUAUCGGUGAGGUCGGCCUGGACUUUACGCCCCGUGUGGUCAGCAGUGAUGAGGGAAAAGACAGUCAGAGACAGGUGCUGAUUCAUCAGGCAAAUCUUGCAAAAAGGUUAAACCUCCCACUGAAUGUCCACUCAAGAUCUGCAGGAAGACCAACCAUCCAUCUUUUGAAGGAGUUAGGUGUCGAGAAUGCUCUGCUACAUGCAUUUGAUGGCAAACCCUCAGUUGCAAUGGAGGGUGUGAAAGCUGGAUUUUACUUCUCUAUACCUCCAUCUAUUGUAAGAAGUGAUCAGAAGCAGAAACUUGUGAAGCAGAUUCCUCUGGAGAGCAUGUGUUUAGAAACUGAUGCUCCUGCACUGGGACCAGAAAAGCAGGUGAGGAAUGUACCACGGAAUAUCAGUAUUAGUGCGGAAUAUAUCGCCAAAAUCAAAGGAAUACCUUUGGAGAGGGUCAUGGAGGUCACUACACAGAAUGCUCUGCGUCUCUUUCCUAAAUUAAAGACAUUUAUUAAAGCUUGACUUUCAAUGGAGAUGUAUUUGAACAAAUCGGGGGGGGGUUUGUUUAUCAAUAAAUGUGGUUCUGAAAAA